CCGAGGCUUCCUAUUGGACGAUGUAGUCAAACCUCAGUUUGACAGACAGCUCAUUGGGGGGCGGAGCCUGCAGGAGACGGUGAUGUCAAAGAAAGGAGCAGGGGGGCGAGGGAAGGGGGAGCGACCUGACGCCAUGGCAACUCUUCAAGCAGCUAAUGAGGAGCUGAGAGCCAAACUGACGGACAUCCAGAUAGAACUACAACAAGAGAAGAACAAGGUGAGCCGUCUGGAGAGGGAGAAGAGUCAGGAGCUGAAGGCGGAGCAUCACCGCGCAACGGUCGCUGUGACGGAGCUGAAGACCAAACUCCACGAGGAGAAGCAGAAGGAGCUCGCCAUCACCAGGGAGACGUUACUACGGCAACAUGAGAUGGAGCUGAUGAGGGUCAUCAAGAUCAAAGACGGAGAGAUUCAGCGUCUCAAUGGACUCGUGCUGACGCUGAGGGACGGAUCCACUGACAAGGUGAGGAGCACCCUCCUGGCAGAGGUGGAGGAGGCAAGGAGGGGCUGGGAGGUGGAGCGCUGUCGCCUCCAGCAGGAGGUGCAGGAGCAAAGAGGAGCAAAGAGGAGCGCUGAGGAGGCUCUGACCUCGGCUCAGCAGGCCUGCCAGGCACGGGCAGCCGAACUGCGAUCAGCUCACCACCAACACCAGGAGGAGCUGAACCGAACCAAGAGGGACUGCGAGAGGGAGGUCCGCCGCCUGAUGGAUGAGAUAAAGCUGAAGGACCGGGCAGUCAGUGUUUUGGAUAAGGCCCUGGGGCUGCAGGCGGGACACGCCCACCGCCUCCAGCUGCAGACGCAGGCCGCCGAGCAGCAGAUCGCAGCGCUGAGGGACGCUCAGAGGGUCGGCCUCGGCCACCCGGGCCAACCCUCUAUCCCUGCCCCUAACACCGCUCCUCACAUUUCUCAGGAGGACCGGGACACUCGGAGGUUUCAGUUAAAAAUCGCUGAGCUCAGCUCUGUCAUCAGGAAGUUGGAGGAUCGAAACGCUCUGCUGUCAGAGGAACGCAACGAACUGCUGAAGCGUCUCCGGGAGGCUGAGAGUCAGUUUCUUCCUCUUCUGGACAAAAAUAAACGUCUGAGCAGGAAAAACGAGGAGCUCGCUCUCGCUCUGCGUCGCCUUGAUAACAAGCUGCGCUUCGUCACCCAGGAGAACAUGGAGAUGGUAACUAUGAGGCGGCCGAGUUCUUUAAACGACCUGGACCGGAGUCACUCCACCAGUUACCAUGGUUACAGCCAGGAUGAGAGAGAGAUGGAGUUUCUAAAGUUACAAGUUCUGGAGCAACAACACAUUAUCGAUGACCUGUCCAAGGCUCUGGAGACGGCUGGUUAUGUAAAGAAUGUUAUAGAGAGAGACAUGCUCCUGAGAUACAGACGUCAGGACUCAGUGAGGAGGAAACGAACCUUCAGAGCCUGCAGGGUCAUAGAGACGUUCUAUGGUUAUGAUGAAGAGGCGUCGGUGGACUCUGAUGGAUCAUCGUUGUCGUUUCACACUGACAGAACUCCGGACACAGAACCAGACGAGGUGUGUGUGCGUGAAGAGUCCGAGUUCCGUUACCGUCAGCUGACUCAGGAGUAUCAAGCGCUGCAGCGAGCGUACGCUCUGCUGACGGAGACCAGCGGAGGAAACUACGACGCUGAGAAGGAAAUCAAGACCAGAGAGCAGCUGCUGAGUGAAAUCAGUCGAUAUCAGUCCAGAGUCGCUGAUCUGGAGUCAGCACUGAAACAACAAGGACUGGAUGUCCAGUGGGUGGAGGAGAAGCAGGCGUUGUAUCAGAGGAAUCAACAGCUGGUGGAGAAGGUGAAGCAGAUGGAAGGUGUGAAGCUGAAGCUGGAAAACGACAUCCAGGACAUCAGAGAUCAGAAUGAGCUGCUGGAGUUUCGGAUCUUAGAACUUGAGGAGAGAGAGCGACGCUCACCUGCCAUUAACUUCCAACAACUCCAUUUCCCAGAAGGCCUCAGUCCUCUACAGAUCUACUGUGAGGCAGAGGGAGUGGCUGACAUUGUGAUCAGCGAGCUGAUGAAGAAGUUGGACAUUCUGGGCGAUAACGCCAAUCUGUCCAAUGAGGAGCAGGUGGUGGUGAUCCAUGCCAGGACGGUGCUCACUCUGGCAGAGAAGUGGUUGGAGUCCAUUGAAGUGACCAAGUCGUCUCUGCAGCAGAAGAUGUUGGACAUCGAGAGUGAGAAGGACCUAUUCAGUAAACAGAAGGGUUACCUGGAUGAAGAGCUGGACUACAGGAAGCAGUCAAUGGACCAGGCUCAUAAGAGGAUCCUGGAGCUGGAGGCCAUGCUGUUUGAGGCUCUGCAGCAUGAGGACGAAUCCAGGAUGGAGGGCCUGAAGGUGGAGGAGGGCCGUCUGUCCGACACGCUGACAGAGGAUGAGAGGGAUGCGCUCCGCAGAGCCAUGGACCAAUGGAAACGAACACUGAUGUGCGAGCUGAGAGAGAGAGACGCACAAAUCCUCAGAGAGAGGAUGGAGCUGCUGCAACUGACACAACAGAGGAACAAGGAGUUAGAGGAAUGUAUAGAAGCACAGAAACGGCAGAUUAAAGAGCUGGAAGAGAAGUUUCUAUUUCUGUUUCUAUUCUUCUCUUUGGCCUUCAUCCUCUGGUCCUAACGGCAGCUGCGUCUGCAGGCCUCCAGAGUCCAGCAGCUGAACAGUCCGCGGGGUCAGCUCAGUCUGGAUUAGACCAAACGCCAGGAGGAUUCAGAAGGAUUCAAGGUUUUGAACCAGCAAUUCACUGACUGAGGCCCAUUGGCUUCGCUGCCCGGCAACUUGCCUCUGGCUGCUGUCAGCCAAUCAGAGCAGAGCCUAUCAGUCAGCUGACUCUGGAACUACACCGUCACACCUCUGACGAAGAUGAGGGUGGUCUCCAUGGCAACUGUUGUGUUUCACAUAACCACAACCAGCAACAUGCUAACGAGCUUACAGUUAGCUGUCGUACACCAGGAACCUCUGUUUAGACACCUUAUAAGCCAACUCACA